AUGAAAAAGGGUUUCCGAAGCGGUCGCAAAAAGCAGUUUGCAAAGCAACGGAGUGAAUAUUACUUUGCCCCAGUGGACAAGGCAAAUCGCGAAAAGAUUUACAAGCGUCUUCUGGUAAACACGUAUUUAAACAACGCCAGCGAGUUGGAGGCGGUAAAGAUGGUAAUCGAGGGCGAAGCUCCUGUGGAGUCCUUGGAAUCGAAGCAGAAGGCUAGUAAGCCAGACGAGAAGCGUCCGUUUGCCUUUAUCGAGCGUACGUGGGAAGUGAAGAAUCCAACGGAGGAAGAGCUAUUCGUGGCAACCGCGUUUUGCAUUGUUGCCAACCCGUGGUCCUUAAGGCAUCCUCUGGAUAGGGGUAGAGAGCAUUCUCUCGUAAAUCCCCUGUCGAUGACGUUUUUUGCGUUAACAUUUGAGGUUAUCGAGUCAUAACCGCGACACAUACUAAUCUUCUUUAGGUGGAGGCAGCGUUGAAGGCGAAAAAGGCGACCGAAGAGUUUGAGAAGGAGGAAUCUGCUCGACGGAAAGCAGCUCUCGCUGAAAAGAAAAGUCAGUAGUUUGUUUUAGUUUAGCUUACUUUUGUACAAUGAAA